AUGGAGGGUGGAAGUAUUGUACGAGUCGGUAGUGCACGUUUAGAUAGUUUUUCACGGUGUUAUCGAGAGGAAGAUGCUGAAGAAGCACUGAAAUGGGCUGCUCUUGAGAGAUUGCCAACCUAUCUUCGAAUAAGGAGAGGUAUACUGGCUGGAGAAGAGGGCCAAGGCCAACCAAGAGAGAUUGAUAUAAAGAGUCUUGGACUAAUAGAUAGAAAGAAUCUGUUGGAGAGGCUUGUGAAAAAUCCAGAGGAAGAUAAUGAGAAGUUCUUGUUAAAGCUCAAGGAACGCAUUGAUCGAGUUGGAAUUUCUCUUCCCACUAUUGAAGUUCGGUUUGAGCAUUUAAAUGUGGAUGCAGAAGCUUAUGUUGGCAGUAGAGCACUGCCCACUCUAUUCAACUUUUUUAUCAAUUUAUAUGAGGGACUCUUGAAUUAUCUUCAUAUUCUUCCAAGUAGAAAGAAACCCUUUCCAGUCCUUCGUGAUGUAAGUGGAAUGAUCAAGCCUGGCAGAAUGGUAUUGCUAUUAGGACCACCAAGCUCCGGAAAAACAACGUUGUUGCUAGCCUUGGCUGGACGACUUGGUUCAGAUCUUAAAGUUUCAGGGAGAGUAACCUAUAAUGGGCAUGGAAUGGAUGAGUUUGUUCCACAAAGGACAUCUGCUUAUGUAAGUCAGGAUGAUCUUCAUAUAGGUGAAAUGACAGUGAGAGAAAAAUUGGCUUUUUCAGCAAGAUGUCAAGGAGUUGGACCGCGUUAUGAAAUGUUGGCUGAAUUAGCAAGGGAAGAGAAGAAAGCAAACAUUAAGCCAGACCCUGAUCUUGAUAUUUUCAUGAAGAUUUUGGGGCUUGAAGUCUGCGCUGAUACCCUUGUGGGGGAUGAAAUGCUCAGAGGUAUUUCUGGAGGGGAACGAAAGCGACUCACAACAGGGGAGAUGCUGGUUGGACCAGCAACAACACUUUUCAUGGAUGACAUAUCAACUGGUUUGGACAGCUCAACAACUUUCCAUAUUGUUAAUUCAAUGAAGCAAUCCAUCCACAUUCUUCAAGCAACUGCUUUAGUUUCGCUACUCCAGCCUGCACCAGAAACUUAUGACCUAUUCGACGACAUAAUUCUUCUGUCUGAUGGCCAAAUCGUGUAUCAAGGUCCCCGUGAAAACGUGCUAGAAUUCUUUGAGUGCAUGGGCUUCAAAUGUCCUGAGAGGAAAGGAGUUGCAGACUUCUUGCAAGAAGUGAUAUCAAGGAAAGAUCAAGAGCAGUAUUGGGCGUGUAAAGACAAACCUUAUAGCUUUGUUAGUGUUGGAGAAUUUGCAGAAGCAUUCCAGUCAUUUCAUGUUGGCCAGAAACUAGGUGAUGAGCUUGCUGUUCCAUUUGACAAAGCCAAGAGCCACUCUUCUGCUCUAACCACUAACAAGUAUGGUGUUAGCAAGAAAGAAAUAUUGAAGGCCUGUAUAUCUAGAGAAUACUUGCUUAUGAAGAGGAAUUCAUUCAUCUACAUAUUCCAGAUAACUCAACUUUUGCUUAUGGCUUUCAUAACAAUGACUAUCUUCCUACGAAGUGAGAUGCCCCGGAAUACAAUAACAGAUGGUGGGAUUUUCAUGGGUGCGAUGUUUUUCGGGGUAAUCACAAUUUUGUUUACUGGAUACUCAGAGCUUGGGAUGAGCAUUAUGAAACUUCCUGUGUUUUACAAGCAAAGAGACCUUCUCUUCUUUCCCCUUUGGGCAUAUUCUCUACCCACAUGUAUCCUCAAGACCCCAGUCGCACUUGUUGAAGCUGCCAUUUGGAUGGCCUAUGCACUAUUCCGUUUGAUGGGGGCAUUGGGAAGGAACAUCAUAGUCGCAAACACAUUUGGUUCAUUUGCAAUACUUACAGUUAUUGUGAUGGGUGGAUUUGUGUUGUCGCGAGCUGACAUAAAGAAAUGGUGCAUAUGGGGUUAUUGGUUCUCACCCAUGAUGUAUGGGCAAAAUGCAAUAGCUGUUAAUGAGUUCCUUGGUAAAAGCUGGAGACAUGUUCCUCCUAAUUCCACAGAACCUUUGGGAGUAUCUGUCUUGAAGUCUCGCGCAAUUUUUCCUGAAGCGCGGUGGUAUUGGAUUGGAGUAGGAGCUUUGAUUGGAUACGUAUUUCUAUUCAAUUUCCUCUUCACUUUAGCUCUAACUUAUCUCAAUC